GCAGCCACGCAUUUGGGGGCUCGGCCCUACGUAAUGGCGUCGGAGGCGCGCGCGCGACUUAAAGCAACGCGUCGUCCCGUGUUGAUGUGUCGCAGAUUUGAAAAAGUGAGCCAGGAGGACACUCUGCAGGACGCCGACCACGCAGCCAGCGACCUCGGGAGGGAUUUGGGUCGCCGGAAGCAAGACUUUAUUGUUCCGGACUUUUAUUCUUUAUUCCCGCCCUUCUAUUUCCCCCCCACCAGCCUGGUUGUUUUAGCGCGGGCAUGGAGCUGUCAUCCAUCGGAGACCAAGUGUUCGCAGUGGAGUCCAUCACUAAGAAGAGAGUCCGAAAGGGUAACGUGGAGUACCUACUGAAGUGGCAGGGAUGGCCCCCAAAGUACAGCACUUGGGAACCAGAGGACAAUAUUCUGGACCCUUGUUUGGUCCAUGCCUAUGAAGAGAAUCAGGAGAAGAUCCGAGCUCUGGCCUAUCGCAGGAAAGGUCUCCGACCCAGAAGUCUGGUCCUGAGGAACCUCUUCGCCAUGGACCUCCGGAGUGCCCACAAGCCUGCAGACAAACCUCCGCCCAGGCUGCGUCUCUCACUCACCCGAUCCAUGAGCACAGAUGUGGACAACGGCGAGCGUGGAGGCCCGUACUGUCGCUCGGCGAGGAGGCGAAACAAGCAGCAGAUUUCCAAGCGUAGAUCGCUCGCUCGGCCGAACAGGCAGAAGGUGGCGGACUGGGAAGACACAAGCGAAGAAGAGAAGCAAGAGUCGGAAAGCACUGCAGAAGAGCGACGUGAAGACAGCUUAUAUGGUCCGUCGGAGUGCAGCUCGCCGCCGGCGCUGGAGCGACACGACUUGGAGAUGGAGGCGAUGGAGGAAAGCGCAGACGUCGUGUGCGACCAAUUGUGUGAGGACACUGCCUCAAGGUCGGACGACGGAGCAGGAGACGCGGUUACCACGGGCAACCACGUGUGCGGGGACACAGGUGAAGAGGGGGCGGCGUCACAGCCGGAGAGUCCCGGCGUGCGCUCGGUGAUCGCGAGCGUCGAGACGGCGAGUGAUAAUCAGUGCGUUACCACGACAACGGAAGGCGGUUCGGAGCAUUUCGGGAAGGUGAUCGUGACAAAAGUGACCAUCAACUCGCUGACGGUGACUUUUAAGGAGGCCGCCGAGGCGGAGGGCUUCUUUAGCGGAUGUUAGCGGACUUGCUAACUGAUGUAAAUACUCAUGUUUACAAAGAUACACUCCUUUUCCUGCUGAGAAGACAUUAUUGCCUUUGACUUUAAAAGUGAUUUUUAUUAUUGUGGCUUUUACUAGGCAACCAGAAUGUCCACAAAAAUGGCUAAAAAGAGGCAGACGGCAAAGACAGCAGUCAAAUAAACACACUACUACUUCCAUGCAGCUACUUUUUACUCAGUGCUUUCCAGCAUCCUAAUCUGAUACUGUAUCUUCUCUCGGGGGCCCUCUUUCCAUCGGCCCUCUUUUUUUCUUAUGAAUACCUUUUUGUGCAGACAUCGCCUUUCCGGAGUCAAGUUUAUUUCUGUCCCACCAGAAAUAAAACAAAAAAGACUAAAUAAAACAAUGACUGCUGCUGCUGCUCAGAUGAAGUUCUUGCAUUUGAAGGAAGAAGGAUGCACAAAAAAAGAAGUAAUGUUGUGUUUGCUGUCUGUUUUGUCCGUUUUAAGUCCUAUAAAUGCUACUUGGUUCUAUUUUUGUAUCACCAGUUGAUAGUCCACUCUUUACACUACUAGCCUUUGUGCUCGUCAAAAGGAGGAUGAUAUCGUUUUACACUGCUGCUGUUAACGCUUUGUAGGAUCAUGUACGCCAGGAGUACAUUAGAUGGGACAGUAGUGAGCCUUUGUUAUUUAUUGCAUGUCACGUGUAUAAGCUAAACUAACUUAUGUGUCUGAGAUCGUUUAUUUCGACUGCAUUUCCGGUAAUGAUGUAAUAAAAUAACUAUUUGGUUAAUAAAAGUUGGUUUAUGUACAACCUUUAACCUUUCUAGGUACAUGUUUUUUUCAAAGAAAUUCUAAAGUUAGAACUACUUAAGUUUGGAUAUUUGAACUAUAUUAAUCAUAAUAAAUCAUCAUCUCAUACAUAAUCUCUAUAUAAUGGAGAAUCUGUGCCUGGGCACAUGUAUUAGUGUUAGUAAGCAAUAUAAUCUAGUAAAAUCUAGGAGAGUCUGAGCAGAUAAAGCUAUAGGCUGGCCACAAUAAAAGGUCACUCCAAGAAGCGCUAACAACACUUUUGUUGAGCUGAUAUUUUUGUUGUGGGUAAAAUCCAGGAGGGUCUGAGAAUAUAAGUCUAUAGGCUGGCCACAAUAAAAGGUCACUCCAAGAAGUGCCAACAGCACUUUUGUUGUAGACCUUCAUUUUUUGUUGUGUGUAAAAUCCGUGUAAAAUCCAGGAGGGUCUGAGAAUAUAAAUCUAUAGGCUGGCCACAAUAAAAGGUCACUCCAAGAAGCGCUAACCACACUUGUGUGUGUCAAAUCCAUGAGGGUCUGAGCAUAUAAGUCAAAAGGCUGGCCACAAUAAAAGGUCACUCCAAGAAGCGCUAACAACAUUUUGUUGUGGAGCUGAGGUUUUUGUUGUGUGUAAAAUCCAGAAGGGUCUGAGAAUAUAAAAGUCUAUAGGCUGGCCACAAUAAAAGGUCACUCCAAGAAGAGCUAACAACACUUUUGUUGAAGACCUUUGUUUUUUUGUUGUGUGUAAAAUCCAGGAGGGUCUUAGCCGAUAAAUCUAGAGACUGGCCACAAUAAAAGGUCCCUCCAAGAAGCGCCAACAACACUUUUGUUGUGGAGCUGAUAUUUUUGUUGCGUGUAAAAUCUAAGAGGGUCUGAGACAAUAAAUCUAUAGGCUGGCCACAAUAAAAGGUCACUCCAAGAAGCGCCUACAACAUUUUUGUUGUGUGUAAAAUCCAGGAGGAUCUGAGCAUAUAAGUCUAUAGGCUGGCCACAAUAAAAGGUCACUCCAAGAAGCGCUAACAACAAUUUUGUUGUGGAGCUUAUAUUUUGUUGCAUGUAAAAUCUAGGAGAGUCUGAGCCGAUAAAUCUAUAGGCUGGCCACAAUAAAAGGUCACUUCAAGAAGCGCCAACAACACUUUUGUUGUGGAGCUGAUAUUUUUGUUGUGUGUAAAAUCCAGGAGAAUCUGAGCAUAUAAUGUCUGUCCACAAUAAAAGGUUACCC